AUGGUAAAAACCAAAGCCUUAGCACAAAGCUUUUGCUACUGGAAAGGUUUGGACAAAGAUAUAGAAGAUAACAUUUCAAAAUGCAGACAGUGCAGGGAAAAACAAAAUUUACCGAAGAAAGAAAUUAACCAUCCCUGGGAACCAGCAAGUGAGCCAUGGGAGAGGGUCCACAUAGAUUUUGCUGGGCCAACCAACGGAAACUACUUUUUGUUGGUAGUGGACGCAUUCAGAAAGUGGGUUGAAGUCAUACCUAUGAAGAGUAUUACAUCUUCAUGGACAAUCAGAGAGCUGCGUAAAAUAUUCACCACAUUUGGACUACCAAGUGUUAUAGUCUCUGAUAAUGGUCAUCAGUUCACCUCUCCUGAAUUUAGUAACUUUUUGAAGAAAUGUGGAACUUUGCACAAAAUGACAGCUCCUUACCAUCCUUCUUCGAACGGCCAAGUCGAACGCUUUGUACAAACGAUAAAGAAACUAAUCAACUGCAUGUCAGACGAGCCAGGUACACUCGAAGAAAAGCUUCACCAACUGCUGAUGAAAAUGAAGGGUGCUGUAUUACUGCUGGCCCUUGCAGUGGUGAUGGCUGCGGUCUCCUUAGAAGAAACAACACCUGUAGCUCCAAAGAAACACUACUGUGGACGGGGAUUAACUACAUCACUACAGUUGCUCUGCAAUGUUACAACGUCAACCACCACUGAGCUGUUGGAGGAGGUUAGGCUAAGGUCGCGUCGCAGAGCUCACACCAUGUUGGGACUGUUCCGUCGCAGGCGUCGUGGAGUCUACGACGAAUGUUGUCGCAAGAGCUGCACAGUCACGGAACUGUCCAGCUACUGUGGACUUCCAUGA